AGACGUUUACCAGCAGAUGAACGACCUCGAGGCAAGGCUUUCCCUUUGCAAAUAUCCUUAAAGGUUAUUAUUGCCUUUAGUCAUUUUGCCGCAACCCCGGUUGUGCACUACGCUAAGCCGUCAGGUGACGACGUAAUUGUGGGGCUCUUGGAGCGAAGGUUUCACUUCAACAGCAUUGGCCAAGAUGGCACGCGUGGCGAAAACAUUGGGGGUGCUGAUUGAUUUGAGCGGCACCUUACACGUGGACAAGCAGGCGACUCCUCGAGCUGUUGACGCUCUAAAAGAGUUGCGCGGUUCAGGGGUGCAGAUCCGUUUUUGCACAAAUACCACGAAAGAGUCCGUACAGCGGUUGGUAGAGAAACUAAGGAACAUUGGUUUUGAGAUCAAUAGGGAGGAGGUGUUCACUUCCCUCAUAGCGGCCAGAAAUGUUGUCAGGUCCAUGGGUGUACGUCCGCUGUUGCUGUUAGAGCCAGAAGCUCUCGAAGAUUUCUCUGAUAUCCCUACGGAUAACCCAAAUGCCGUUGUUGUUGGAUUGAGUCCUUCCUCGUUCCACUAUGAAAAGUUGAACGAAGCAUUCCGCAUCAUUCAAUCCGGAAGUCCCUUAAUUGCAAUCCACAAAGCGCGGUACUUCGCUCGUCCAGAUGGCCUCGCCCUUGGCCCCGGACCCUUCAUAACCGCUCUGGAGUACGCAACAGACGUGAAAGCACAGGUAGUCGGGAAGCCCGAGCCAUCCUUCUUCAAGCUCGCUCUUGAGGAUAUGGCGAUCCCAGCGGAGAAUGCGGUUAUGAUUGGCGACGACGUUAGAGAUGACGUUGCUGGCGCGAUGGACUUGGGAAUGCGCGGUUUUCUGGUGAAGACAGGAAAGUAUCGGGAUGGCGAUGAGCAUAAUAAAGGGGUCACACCAAGUAAAGUAGUGACGAACUUUGCAGAAGCAGUGGAGGUGAUCCUACAAGAACGUGAAGAUUAGAGCAGUAGUACUCGAGUGGAAGAUAGGGUAUUUCCCAAAUGUUUAAAUAGUUACACCGUGAUUGAACUGUAUCAUAGCCAGUCUGCAUAAGCCAACUAAAUUACGAUUAAUUGUUAUUUUGCAAUACAU